AUGGCCGUUAAGAUGUACGGCGUGUUUCAAUCUCGUUCCCAGGGUCCUCUCUCUUCCUCUCUCGCACGAAUUCUUAUUGUGACGAAUAAAGUUCGUUGAUCUUUAACAGAAAUGUCUGUCGGAGACAUAAGAACAGCUGAAGCAAUGCAAGGUCCUGUGGUAGAAUUCUUGUUACGAGAUCACAAUGACUUAAUAAUGUCGUAAGUUGCAUUGUUACGUUGAUUGAAGAACUUAUGCUGGGUUUAAUAAAAGCUUGCGUAAAUGAUAAGUACUUACAGGCCGACAGCGAGACCAGAUGAGAAAAUGAACACGAGGUGAGCGGACAACACUGGAGAAAAGAACAAAACAAAUUGGAUUUAAACUCAAGGAUCUUUGUGGUGGAGAGUAACUUGAGAUACAGAGUGUAUGGAAAUUUCUCGAACUGGUUCGUCCUCAAGAGAAUAUCAGUCGAAAUUUGCUUGUUCGUCCUGCAAUGUGGUCUCCGUCUCAUGUUGAUGUAACUUUCGCGAACUUUAUAGAACAUUCUAUCAAACAAUACAAUAAUAAAUACUGGAAACUUCAAAAUUACUUUUCUUGUAGCGGCUACUAGGAAAGGAAUUUUGAAGUCACCCGUACCUUUUAGAAUGCUCUAUAAAUGUCAAAUAGGCCGGACACCGAGUAAAGAAGAUGUUUUUGUCGGCAAAGACCGACUUCUUGAAGAAGCUUCCAGGAGCUAUUGUGGUUUGCAAUGGAGGUAUGCCUAUAGUCGAGAGUUUCAGAAGAGAUUUUACGAUAGCAGUCGGUUUGAUGUGAGUUGGUAUUUGUGAUGACUGAAGGUUAAUUUAGUAAUGGACUUGAGUUUAGUUGAUGUCAGAUUGUGCUGUUUAGGAGUUGCUCCCUUGAAAUAGUCAAAUCGAAUAAAUUAGUUCAUUUCAUAGGAUAGAGCAAUUUUCAAUUCAAUGUCGAAAGCGAUCCGAGAUUGUCUACGUGUUGGGUUUGCUUUACUUCCUUCUGUGAUUGGUCCAAAAAACUCGCGGCCACUCUCUCAACCAAUCACAUCCAUGUAAAACUAAAGCCAACCACGACUUCGUCGCAUGCAUUGUCCCGCGCUUUGGGCAGUUUGCUUGCUUUUACUUUGAAUCUUAUUGGCUGUGAAAGGUAUUUCUCCUUUCUUCUGAUUGGCUUUUAUAAUAAAUUUGGUUUUGGUUUUACAACACUCAAUCCAAAUGCACUCCAUUUAAGUAGGGUAUUUUUUCCUGUCGGUUUAAUUAUAUCGGAACAUCUCCCAGUUGUAAAAUGAAUGAUUUAAAACAAUUUUUGUUAGAGUUAAACUAGACCAACCUGAGCCGGAAGCUGGACAAACGUCAUCACAUUUUUUUGCAGAUUUCAAGUAUUUUUCCUUAUAGGACGUGAAAUUCUUUUUCACGUCAGCACAGCUGUACAUUUUAUCGACCAUAGUAACGUAACCACAGCUGGUUUUAUUGAACCCGUCCUUGUCACAUUUCGCAAAGGUAUUUUUUUUGUCGGUUUAAUUAUACCGUGACAUCUCCCAGUUGUAAAAUGAAUGAUUUAAAACAAUUUUUGUUCGAGUUAAACUAGACCAACCUGAGCCGGAAGCUGGGCAAACGUCAUCACAUUGUUUUACAGGUUUGAAGUAUUCUUUCUCAUAGGACGUGAAAUUCUUUUCCAGGUCAGCACAGCGAUACACUUUAUCUUUGAAAGUAACGUAAUCACAGCUGGUUGCACUGAGCUCGUCCCUGUCACAUUUCUUAUUGUUGUUAGAUGGCAUCUUGAUGCUACAUGACAUGGUCAUUGUGAUGGUUCCUCCAUUGCUGCAAGAUGCGCAAUCUGGUGACGAGUACUUGGUGUCUAUGCUGAAAGUCACUAAAAAUAUAUAACUGCCAAGUGAAUAUACAGUAUUGUUAAUCACUGCAGCUAAUUCACAAUUCCAAGUUUGCAAUUCGUGUUAAUCUUCUCCAUUACUGUUAAUCCUCUUCUUUUCCUUUUCGUUUCAGAUUUACCUGUUUGGUUUUAUUUCUGUUUUAGCUUUAUUCCUAAAAUUUAAAUUCGUCCGCGUCGACAAAAACGAUUUAAGAAUUCAUGAUAUUUUACCCUUGGUAACCUGUCAUUGCUGUCAACACAAAUCCCGUGAGAGACUGGUGCCAUCUUUUCUCCAAACUGGGCCUGCUCAUGCGCUUAAUUUUUAAUUUAUGUACGAACAGCUAUGAAAUAGUGAUUCAGUGAAACGCACAAUCACGGUUUCUAUAAAAAGGUGCUGAUCCCGACAAUUUCACACGGAAAAAAAUAAAAUUAUAUAAAAUAGAAAACGAGAAAAAAGAAGGAAGCAAGAGAGAGAAAAAUUGAAAAUUAAACAAAGUUUCUUGAGGGACAUGUCCCUGAAAACCCAAAUUCCAACCUUUCCCCAUACUGUUAAAUUUUCAUUCUGUUGUCCUUAGUUUUUAAGAAUACAAAAAUGUCUCUUACCAUUAGGUGCGGUGAACACAGAUGAUGAUGGUGUGGCAGUGGUAUUUGUUGAGUUUGUUGAGUUUGAAGCAAGUACAUCUUGCAUACAACAUAUCAAAAAUAAUACAAACUGUAGGCGGUGAGGGAAAGUCAUCUGUCAAAGCGAAAGCAAAUGUUAUUGCAGUUAACUCAUGAUAAAAAACACAGAGAGAGAAAUUCAAUGUAGCGAACAAGAGGCGAAUGUUUCCGAGCAGAUGUGAAUAAAGUGUUGCAUGUGAGUUAUGUCUCUGGAUCUAUCCACUCUUUCACUUUAACACCUUAGUUUGACGAGGCCCGACAAGGUUUUGCUUUGCUGGCUUUAGAAUACCUCUUUGGUGUAAUUUUAAUUACAUGGGAAGGGAAGCAGUAAAUUUAUUCCCGCGUGGCGGUAUCUGUCCACCGCCUCGAGCUACAGACACAGCGACUCGGUCUUCUGUUUAUGAGAAAGAGCAGGACUAUAAUUACCCGAUAAUAGAGCUCGUUCUCAAGUAAACAGAGUAUUGGGUCUGAACUUGCAUUAGACAGCCAACCUGAAAGACGUCUUUUAUCUUCCAGAAUCACAAUGUGUGCCAAGAGUGCAAUUAAUUGCCCUCAUCAGUCGCUAUUGAAAUAGAGUUCAAAAGCGAACGUCUUUAUUGAAAAUGCGCUCUGUAGGAGGCUGGCUGGCUCUUAAUAUCAGUUUCGCUGUAAUUACUUCGCAGAGAUUGGCAGAUUUUAAUGUAAAAGCAUUUUCCUAGAUCUUCGCGUUCACCUAAAAGAGGCGUUUGACAGUUUCACCGGCAGAGAGUUUCCAAAGCGAGGAAGUCUACACAACAAAUUUAACAAGUUUCUUCGCAAGUUGUGAUGUUAGUGCCUCAGGGCUGUCUAUUUUUGGAAAAGGAAAGUAUUCAUUCGGGCACAUGCAGAUACGAGUUUAAACAGAGAGAGAUGAAAUAGUAAGAGCCCAGAAUUCAGCCAUCUGAACGGCUUAUGUAAUUCUCUCGUUUUGCAAAUGCAAAGUUUGUUAGACUGAAUGGAUCAGAUACAGAGAAUUUAGAAAGAAAUCGAGGAAACCUUUAGAAACGCGCGAAGUUUACACUUCGCAGCGCAAAGAAUGAUUAGUCUCUAAAUCGGCUACCGAAGACAUAUUUCUCAUCGGUCGCUAGAAGACAGCUAUAAAGAUUUCGAAAAUCACAGUGAUGAUACUUACUAAAACGUGUACCACAGAACUGCAAAAAAAGUAAAAAGAAAUGCAGCAUAGAUAACGGAAAGAUGACAGAGGAAUAAAUACACUCUCAUUCUGCGGUAUUUACAAGACUACAGAGUAAAAGUUGUCACUACAGCGACCUGUGAUAAAACUUUGCCGGAAAAACGAAGCUUAUUGUUACUACAGCGACCUGUGGAAAAACGUAACUUAUUUCCCUGUAAGAUUUUCGCCAAUAGCUCGAUGCGUUGACCGUUUCUGACUAGCUACUCACUCUAUCUGUUGAAUCGUAACAAAUUAUAUCAUGAUUUAGAAUGGAUCUUGAUAUCUGGUCUGCAACUGAUAUCAGCAUUCGGGGAUGAAAAUAGGCUUAGAUAAACCUAAAAUCAAUGAUUAUUUCUAUCAAAUUUGUUCGAAAGGAAAUUACGUAAGUUGCUUAGCCUCACCGAUGUUUUAAUUAAAGUGUUUACUUUUGUUAAGACUGUAGGAUUCAAGAUUAGAAAGUUCCUCGUUUUAGUGCGAGAAAAUGUGCACCGAAUAAGUGCUAAAAAUUACUAAGCCGCAAAAUCAAGUACAGAAGACUGGUGACUCGUUGAGAAAUUAUUAAAACGGAUGACCAGUUCAUUCUCUAUGCUUUCGAAGCGACGAAAUUGACAUUCUGAAUGCGACCUUCUUUUCACCAUAAAACACUAAAUGAACGAUAGAAACAAAGAGUUCAAAUGAUGAUCCAUACCUUGCAACUGAUCUCCACUGAUACAAAAGGUUUUGCGAUCAACUAUCUAUAGUAAGUGUCGCCGAGAUCAAGAAAGCCUUCCCUGUUGUGUAAAUAACUUGAAACUGAAACUCGGGCUUAUAACUGGUCGCCUUUUUGUUGCCAAGGAAACAGAAAACAGACAUUUCAAACCAAUCCAACCCUAGCCCCAGGGCUUGAAUAUUUACAGAACGAUUUCCAGAAAGGAAUUUCUUGCUCCAGUGAGUACGUAGGCGAACGAUAUCCAGGCCUUUUUUCGAACUUUUCUGUUUUAGCCGGUGUUGCGAGGAUUUCAGAUCUCGGUAAACGCAUUCUUUGUGGAAGAGAGGGGGUUGGGGCUACCUUCGUUGUAUCCCACCUGACCGGCUUGCCACCUCACCUCCAGAACAUUUCAAUCGGUAAAAUACCAGGCUUCUUUUUCGAUGGGGAGAAAGGCGGAAGAAGUGAUAGCACUCUAACUUAUCUUUAAGUUGCAGCUUAUGAACAUUUUUGUGACUUUUAAUCGUCUCUAUUUUCUUUUGGGUGCUCUACGAAUGGGUUCUCUACCGAUGCUCUUCUUAAAUUCGGAGAAGGCGAAUGCUCAUAGCUGAAGCAAGGAUUCCCUAAAUUCGUCCUCUUCACACUAGCUCGUUAAUGAUAAAUUGACACACUCCGGUUUUACAGUCAUGUUUCUUUAAUAAGUAGAACCUAUCUAUCGAGGGAGUCUGGAGUCAGGUGAAGAGAAAGUUGAAGGCGAUGAUCGGAACCUCCCAAGGCAAACUUCCGUCCUAUCUUGAUGAGUUCAACUGGCGAAAAGUCUACCCGGGUGAAUACUUCGGGAACAUGCUAGCGGACAUAGCAGAAUUCUACCCGCCUAACUGAGCCCGCUUAAAAAAAAAAAAAAAAAAAAAAAAGGUUCCUUUUGAAGCCACCAAAUGCAAUAAAAGUUAUGACACCAACAUAUAUUAUAUAACGUACCAACAUACCAAAAAUUAGGAUCACAUUGCAGUAUAGGGCGAUUCUUAACUGCACUUUUCGAUGGAGAAUAUUAACACACUUUCGUUUAAUGCACAGGGAAUGUUCGUGUGCCUUUAAGUUUUAGUGGCAUUUUGAAAAAUUUUUAAGCAUUUAUAGUAAGUUUUACAUCGAUUUUUGAGUGCAAAAAUGCACUAGUAAAGUUAUUUCACCGCCUGUCGCUAACCUGUUGGUUACCUGUCGGUGGCCUGUCGGUGGCCUGUCGGUUUAGUGUCGGCCAACUGUCGGCCGACGGUCGGUGGAGGGGAGCUGUUCUUCACAAGACUACAGAGUUUAAAGUUGUCACUACAGCGAACGGUCAUAAAACUUUGCCGGCAAAACGUAGCUUAUUGUUACUACAGCGACCUGUGGAAAAACAUAACUUAUUUCCCUGUAAGAUUUUCGCCAAUAGCUCGAUCCGUUGACCGUUUCUGACUAUUUACUCUAUCUGUUGAAUCGUAACAAAUUAUAUCAUGAUUUAGAAUGGAUCUUGAUAUCUGGUCUGCAACUGAUAUCAGCAUUCGGGGAUGAAAAUAGGCUUAAAUAAACCUAAAAUCAGUGAUUAUUUCUAUCAAAUUUGUUCCAAAGGAAAUUACGUGAGUUGCUUAGCCUCACAGAUGUUUUACUUAAAGUGUUUACUUUUGUUAAGACUGUAGGAUUCAAGAUUAGAAAGUUCCUCGUUUUAGUGCGAGAAAAUGCACACCGAAUAGGUGUUAAAAAUUACUAAGCCGCAAAAUCAAAUAAAGAAGACUGGUGAGUCGUUGAGAAAUUAUUAAAACGGAUGGUGAGUUCAUUCUCACUGCUUUCGAAGCGACGAAAUUCGACCUUCUGAAUGCGAACAUCCUUUCAACCGUAAACACUAAAUGAAUAAUAGAACAAAGAAUUAAAAUGAUGACCAUACCUCGCAAUUAUGAUUCAAGAUUGGAAAGUUCCUCGUUUUAGUGCGAGAAAAUGUGCACCGAAUAGGUGUUAAAAAUUAUUAAGCCGCAAAAUCAAGUAAAGAAGACUGGUGAGUCGUUUAGAAAUUAUUAAAACGGAUGACCAGUUCAUUCUCUAUGCUUUCGAAGCGACCAAAUUCGACCUUCUGAAUGCGAACUUCUUUUCACCAUAAACACUAAAUGAACAAUAAAAACAAAGAGUUAAAAUGGUGAUCCAUACCUUGCAACUGAUCUCCACUGAUACAAACGGUUUUGCGGUCGCUGAGAUCAAGAAAGCCUUCCUUGUUGGGUAAAAUGACCUGAAACUGAAACUCGAGCUUAUAACUGAUAGCCUUUUUGUCGCUAGGGAAACAGAAAACAAACAUAUCAAACCAAUCCAACCCUAGCCCUCAAGUAGUUUAAGGCCUAGGUUUUAUGUUGGUUCGAGACCCCCAGCAGAGUUUCAUGGUAUUCAAUCGAAGAGCGGUAACAUUGUGGCCGAUCUACGAUUAGAACGUUCACGUUUUCGAGAAAGUUAAGAUCGAUUUCUAGCCUAGAUUUUUCAGAAGACGCUGUUUUUUGCAGAUAUUAGAUUUACAGUUGAGGUGAGUGUUGUUUUUGUGUUGUUUAUUCAGAAAUUAGCUCUAAUUUGCUGUAGCUGCAAAUUUACUAACGCGUACACCGUUAAUUAAGAGCGUUCAGGGAAAAUGCAUUUUUUUGGUUUACUAAACUAGGAAUUACAUUUUUUUAGUAUACUUGGGAAACUUUCAUUCUCAUCAGUAUGGGAUGAGCGAAAAAUUUAUGAACCUCGAUGUGUAACCUUUCCCAUAGAGUAGAUCACAUUUGUUUGUUUGUUUAUCAAAUCUGAAUACAGUGGUACGUUCAAUCCCAAGUCAAAAAUUUCACGGUGAUCUGCAGCACAACACUUUUCUAGGCAACAUCAACAUGAGACUGCUGUGACUCCUAUGAGCUUCAACAAAGAGAAUUUAUCAAUUAAGCUACAAUGCUUGUACUUUUCGAAUUAAUGAGGAAAAUAAAAGCUAUACUUACACAGUUGAGUUCUUACAGUCAUGUACAGCGAAAAAUAGAUUUUGGCUGAAUCGAUCACGAGAGACUUGUCAAAAUGAGUGGUCGGUUUUAACCUUUGAUGACAAAGGCCUAAGUACCUUUCCAAAGCCUAGUGAUAUGAACAUGACCGAAAAAAAAAAUUUGUUUUUAAUCAUACUUAACAAUAUUGUUUAUUAUACUUUUUUCGGUGAGUCCUGUGAGCUUCAACAAAGAGAAUUUAUCAAUUAAGCUACAAUGCUUGUACUUUUCGAAUUAAUGAGGAAAAUAAAAGCUAUACUUACACAGUUGUGUUCUUACAUGUACAGCGAAAAAUAGAUUUUGGCUGAAUCGAUCACGAGAGACUUUUCAAAAUGAGUGGUCGGUUUUAACCUUUGAUGACAAAGGCUUGAGUUACAUUCCAAAGGUUAGUGAUAUGCCCAUGACCAAAAAAAAAUUUGUUUUUAAUUAUACUUAACAUUAUUGUUUAUUAUACUUUUUUGUUUACAGCAAAUUCUUUUGACAUCCAACAACACUGGAAUCUGGUGAAGUGUUCUGGGGUCUUAUGAAGAAUCAUAUAAGGUAUAAAUCCUAUGAUAAAUAUUAUUGAACAUAACUGACUGAAUGACCAUCAAAGAAAUGCUUACAUGUGACUGGAUUGGCUAUGUACGUGUCAUCUAAUUAUAAAGAUAUGGCACCUGGAGCUGGUUAAUGUUUUGAGGUGGUUUAUCUUUGACCUUUCUGAAUUUUCUGCAAUGAAAAUACUUAUUUUUUUUUGUUUGAGCUUGCCUUCUGAUCAGUAACUGCAAGUUAUAUUACUGAUUGAGAAUGACUUUCAACUUGGUUAUGAAACUGAGUUGGAUGGUUGUUUUAAUGAUCUUUUCAUCAGUAUAAGAGGGCUGUACAUGUAUUCUGUAAGUGUCUGUUAGAAAACAGAGUGAUAUGGUUGAAUCUUCAGGCACUACAUUUAAUUUGCUGGUGUGUAGAGCAACCUAGAACUUACUUGUUUAUUUUUCAAAUACAGUGGUGUCUACUCCCUGGGACUUUGAAUACUCUUUUUAAACCUGCCCAGCAUUGGUUGGUGGGACACUUGCCUCUUGUCUGUUGAAUGGUACUCCUUGACAGUGACAUCCAGCAGCAGCUGCUAAAGGUCCCCAUCCAAUGUUGGGAGAACAUACAACCUAUUUUGUCACUUUGGUGUAUUGUUGACCCUUUCCUCUGCUUUAUUGAUGAUAUUGAAGCAUUCCACUGUUCUUUUCCUUGCAAAUGAUAUGUGCUGAGCCAGUUGAAGGCCUACAUAAUUUUUUUUUAAAAGAAUUUUCACGUUCUUUAUUAAUUUUAUCUUUGCUUUACAGUUUUUUUUCUUUGCAUUAACAGGUGAUUCCUACUUUGUUAACCCAGCCUCAGGAACCAGGGAAAUUACUUUGCUAAAAGACUUUCCCAAUCACUCCUUGGAUACUUUGUCAAAUUCUUUGUAGAUCACUGUCCCAAAGUUUUUCACCUCCUUCUGUGUUUGUUUGGGAAUCUUUUUUGCUAGCCAGUUCUUUUGUUUGAUUUUUAACAUCUGUAAAUGGCUCCCUUUUGUUCACCACACAGCAUGUAUUUUUCUUGUAAAAGAUACUCUCAACUGGAGUCGUUAAAAUAAAGCAUGAACACUGUGCAGGGUGUAAAUGCAAAACACCAUUAAGUUUACAAAAGUCUCUUUGCAGGGUUGAUUUACCCAGGGCAGUUUGCUGCCAGCUUUCAAUGGUAAAUGUUUUUAGCUACUUCCUCUAUUUUUCAGUGGUGACCACUGUGAAAUUAGGUGAUCAAUGGCCUUAUAAUUCUUUAGAAAAAAACUUAUUAAAGAUAGGGAAUUUUGUUUGUAGUUGAUGCUGCUUUUUCCUAUCAGUAAGUAUUUGAAAACCUUCAAAAGGUUUGUAGAGAAAAGAAAUACUUUUGCUGACAUGUCGAUGAAGAUAUUCUUUGAAAUUUUCCUUCUACAGCCAAUACCCCUCUUCCAGAUGCCAGCUUAUGCCUUUUCUGACUCAUUAUCAUAUCUUGCUAUUAUUCCCCGCAAGGGAAAUUGCCCCCCAUAACUUAACAUUAGCAAAUCAGCAUGUCAAACUGAAAUUUGAAAAACUGACUGACCGUUGGUAAACUGACUUGGCAGCCAAGGCAAGAGAAACAUUUGGGAUUUUUUAUGUAAAAGCUGUCGUAUAUUUGACUCCACAGGAAACCACAAGCCAAACAAUGCGUUCCACGAGUGGAAAUUACAAAAAAAGACAAAAGCAACUACAAAAAAACGCAAAUUAUUAAUCAUCAUUGAAGUAUUUAUCGUUCCUCGAAUUACAAGAGUCGCAAACAUACUGUUCUAGAGCGCCAAAUAAUAAACUAAGUCAGUUAUUUAAGCAGUAUCACUUUUCGCUGCAGUCCUCCUGGUAUAGUUAUUACUGUUUCAGGAGUAUCUCGAUUAAAGAUUAAAGUCAUUGUCCUAUAACCGAUGUUGACUGCCAUAUUCGAUUUGCACCUUUGUAAUCAGCGGUGUAAUGUAAUAGUCAGGUCUUGGUCAUGUAUUAUUAACGAAUAGAAACAAAAUGGCGGCAUUUUUCGUAGCCCUAAGAGGAGUAAUCAUAACGCACCCGCCGGUGCUGAAGUUUCCGUUUCACGCAAUUGUCUUUUGAAAAAUGGAAGAAGGCAUUGAUAAACUUUGUCUUCACGUUUGGAAUGAUGUGUCAAGUACAAUUGAUAACAGACAAAAUUCUAUUAAGUUUACAAAAUUCUCUUCGCAUCUCUAACAAAUCUCAAUUCUCUUUUUGAAGGAACGAAGGAAAUUCAUUCCAAACGUAGAUGGCUAGAAUUUUUUACUGAGUAUUUGUUUCAUUCAUUGGUCAGUGAAGAGUGUGUGUAAAUCUUACCAAUUCCAAUAAAAAUUGAUUGAGUAGCGUUUUGAUCACGUGACCCGACAUGUGACUUUCGUCGUCGGUAUUGUUGCCAUAAGGUAAAAGUUCUUACGGAAAACUAUCGUCCAUGAAAGUUUCAUCGCAAUCGGCUGUGUAUUUGCGGAGACAGAGCUGUUUAUUUUCUUAAGGCAAUUUACUCUCCUGACCCAGGCCUAAAACUACUUGAGCUAGGGCUUGAAUAUUCACUGAACGAUUUCUAGAGAGAAAUUACUUGCUCCAGUGAGUACGUGGGCGAACGACAUCUAAGCCUUUUUUCGAACUUUUUUGUUUUAGCCGGUGUUGAGAGGAUUUCAGAUCUCGAUAAACGCAUUCUUUGUGGAAGAGAGGGGGUUGGGACUACCUUCAUUGUAACCCACCUGACCGGCUUGCCACCUCACCUCCAGAACAUUUCAAUCGGUAAAAUACCAGGCUUCUUUUUCGAUGGGGAGAAAGGCGGAAGACGCGAUAGGACUCUAACUUAUUUUUAAGUCGCAGCUUAUGAACAUUUUUGUGAUUUUUAACUGUCUCUAUUUUUUUUCGGGUUCUCUACGAAUGGGUUCUCUACCGAUGCUCUUCUUAAAUUCGGAAAAGGCGAGUGAUCAUAAGAAGCUGAAACAAGGAUUCCCUAAAUUCGUCCUCUUCACAUUAGCUCUUUAAAUGAUAAAUUGACACACUCCGGGUUUUACAGUCAUGUUUCUUUAGUAAGUAGAACCGUUCUACUAAACUUCUGAGUAACCUUAAUACAACAAAAGCAGCUGACCUAUGCAGGAACGGCCCAUGAUACUCUCUCAAGACACAGCGGCAAAAUAAGUGCGCAUGCUUGUAACGCACGAAAAAUUUCAUAUGCGUAAAGGAAUGGGAACGUCAAUAUUUCCAUAGUAACAACAUCGUGGCAGAACAGCGGCAAUUUUGAAAUUCUCAUUGUUUGGUUACAUUUCGCGGGGAUAGGCCCAAACCAAAGCAGUUAAAGUUGCCGUUUUCAGGAAAGUCUCCUUCAAACCCGCUCUGUCACAUAUCUCACUCAACAAAGGAAAUAUUGCGGUAACAGCUGCAAAUUUAGCGACAUGGCGACGAAGUUCGUGGCACUUUUUAUUGCUUAAGCACUUCUUGUCAUCGACUCAGAAGGAAAACUCUUCGGAGAAAAGGAUUGUUGUCUCAGCGGGAAAACACGCAUCAGCUUUGUUUGGAGAGGGAGAGCAGUAACCCUGAACGCUCAAAUGGCUCCAGAAACGGGGCAUGCGCACUCAUUUUGCCGCUGUCCUCACUCUGUGGUCGUAGUUGA